AUGACUCAAAGAAGUAAUAAGGUAGAAGUAAUUCAUUUUUAAUUGUUUGAUGCAAUAAGCGAAGAGAAACUCAAUGUUGCCAGGCAUAUCUUUGCUGAGAAAGAUUCUAAGGGGCAAGGGUACCUUUCACCUGACGUCGUUUCUCAAAUUAUCUAAUAAGCUUUUACUCAAACAAACACUAAAGGAUUUAAGUCUACUCCUGAUGAUGUUAAACAAUUUAUGAAGCAGAUAAAAUCAACAAGACAAAAAGAACUAACUUACUAUGAAUUCGAAAGCUACUUUCUCGGAUGUCUUGCAAGAACUGGGCAUAAGGUUACAUAAAGCAAUACGAUUUUAAGAACAAACAGAAAAUUCAACCCAUAAAUAGAAAUUUAGUUAAAUGUGGCUAGAUAGCAGUUUGCUAAGUUUGACACUGACAAAAGUGGAAAUCUAGACUCGAACGAAGUUUACAAUUUAAUUGUAGAAACUCACCAGCUUAUAGGUAUGCAGAAAGAUACACCUUCUGAAGAGGAAGUUAAAUACUACAUUGAACUUGCAGAUACUAAUAAAGAUGGCGUUAUCUCUAUCUAAGAAUACGAAGACCUGUUUCUUAUGAAUUUAAAAAAGAAUGGCAAGGUUGUUAUCUAAUAUAGAGUAGUUAAUAAUAAAGAGACUUGCGAAAAGCUUUCAGAUGAAGAAUAUUUACAUUAAAUGUAAAGCAGUGCUAAAUAAAGUUCUUAAAACAUUAUUGUAAAGAACGUUUAUCAUGAUGAUGCAGAAUCUAAGCUAAACAUAGCUAAAAGACAGUUUAUAGAAUUAGACAAAGACAAAAGCGGUAAACUCGAUUAAGAAGAGGUAGCAAAUCUCAUAAAUACUACAUUUGCUAAUACUGGAGUCUCAGGUUACAAAGCUACUCCUGAAGAUGUUAAACUCUAUUUGUAGAAGGUGGACACAAAUAAAGAUGGUAAGGUAUCUUUUGAAGAGUAUGAAAAAUAUGUUAUCUACUGUUUAGAUAAAGCUGGAGUAAAUUGCAGUGUGAAGUCAAAUUUCAUUAAAUCCAGAAGAAGUUUCAAUCCAGAAGUUGAAAUGCAAUUAGAUGCAGGUAGAAAGUUUUUUGCAUAGUUCGAUACUGAUAGAAGUGGCUACUUAGAAGAAAAUGAGAUCUAUGCCUUAAUAGCUUUUACUUAUAAGGAUUUAGGAAUAGAUAAAAAGCCUACAGCUGAUGAAGUUCAGAAGUAUAUUUAAUCAGCUGAUACAAACAAUGACGGAAGAAUUUCUAUUUAGGAAUUUGAAGAUUUUGUUCUCCAAAACUACAAAUCAUAAGGUACUACCAUUUUAGAAUAUUCAAUACCUGAAGUCACAGAAGUAGUCAAGACUAGCUAAUAGGGAAAUGUCAGCGUUAUCUAAUCUAUAAAGGUAACAAAAAUCACCACUGUAACUACAAGAACUAUAAACUAGGUUGAUGGAAAUAAGGAUGUUAGUUUAUCUUAAGUUUUCACUUCAACUCAUACUUCUACUUCAGAAAAUUAAUAAGAAUCUGAAGAAAGCAAAUCAAAGUAGCUUGAUGAACCUUUGGUUGAGACAAAAAAAGUAAACAACUUAACAGAAGGCAUAGAACAAGAAAGAGAGGAGAUUAAAUUUGUUUAAUCUAUGAUUAGGUAAGGAGGAGAAGAGAGCUGUAUUAAAGAAGAGUAAGUACAAAAGAGCUUUGACGAGUUAAAUGUAGUUGUCAAAAAUGAUAAUCAAGUAGACUUAUCGUCAAGUGAUGAUGAAAAUAUUUAAAAAUAAGUUUAGAAUGAAGAAAGUGAAGAAAAAUAAAAGAAAGCAUGCAAAAAUGAUGAAGAAUAUGAAGACAAUGAAGUGAAAAGAAACAAAAAGCCAUAGCCUUCAUAAGAAAAGUAAGAAAAUGAUGAAGAUCACUGCGAUUUAGGAGAUGAAAAUGAAGAAAGUAAAUAAAAUGAAAGCAAAGUACCUUAUGUAAAACCUGCUCAUAGAUAAAAUCUUGCAUUAAUUGGAGUUAAAAAUGUCUAUGAUCCAUAAGUUGAAACAAGACUAGAUGCUGCGAGAAGAUUAUUUAUUCAACAUGACGUAAACAAAUCAGGAAGCUUAAAUCCUGAAGAAGUAGCAACUUUAAUUACCGCCUUAUUUAGCUCAAAUGGUAUAGAAGGAUAUUAACCCACUCCUGAAGAUGUAAGAUUGUAUAUUUAAGAAGUUGACACAAAUAAGGAUGGCUUAAUUUAAUACCAAGAAUUCGAAACAUAUGUAAUAAAGUGCUUAGAAAAGGUUGGUAUACCCUGCGAAGUUAAAUAAACUAUUGUAAAAUCAAAUAGAAGAUUUAAUCCAGAGGCUGAAAUGUAUCUUGAUGUAGCAAGAAAAGAGUUUGCAAAGUGUGAUUCUGAUAAAAGUGGCUACUUAGAGGAAAAUGAAAUUUAUACUUUGAUUAAGGAUUCCUAUGCAGAAAUGGGAAUAUUAGAUUACCAACCAACAGAAGAGGAUGUAAAAUAUUAUAUUCAGCUAGCUGAUACUGACAAUGAUGGAAAAAUUUCAAUUAUUGAGUUCGAAGAUUUAAUUAUUCUUAGUCUUAAGCAAUCAGGAAUGUAAGUCAUUUAAUACAAGUAAUAUCAAAAUGCCGAAAGCGAUGAGAAUCAAGAAACUGUAAAAAGAGCACCAGCAAAUGAACAUUUUAGAAGAGGAAAACCAAUUUAAAAAUUAGAAAAUACUGAGUAAGUAGUAGAAGAAGAAGUGCUUCAAAUUGAAUAAAAAGAACAAGAAGAGUAGCUCUAAAAAGAUCUGCAGUAAGCUGUAGAGUAAGAAAAGGUAUAAGAAUAAAUAGAAGAAUAGGAAAAGGUUUAGGAAUUGUUAGGAGAAUAAGAAAAAGUUGAAGAUAAUUCAGAAUAGAAGCAAGAUUAAGAACCUGUUUGCAAACAUGUAAUAGAGCCAGCAGAAUAGAUUAGCGAAUAAACUCGUGUACCUGCUGGAAGACCUGUAGAAUAGAUGUCAUCCUCAGUUCGUGAACCUGCUGGAAGACCUGUACUUCAGGCUUAAGAAAUGAAUUAAAGCAGUACUCUAAGAUCAAGUAAAAUUGUUAUUAUUGAAGAGACUAGCUCUGUUACUAUUGAACCUGCUUUCUAAAGAUAAGAAAAGCCUAAAAGGGCAUCUUUCCCAUCUAUAGUUAUCAAGAAAGUUUAUCAUCCAGAAAUAGAAGAAAAACUUUAGAUUGCAAAGAGGCUUUUUGUUUAAAGUGAUAAAGACUAAAAUGGAGAAUUAGAUCCAGAUGAAGUAGCUGUAUUGAUCAUUAACACUUUUGAAGACGCAGGCAUACAUGGCUAUAAACCAACUGUUUAAGAUGUCAAAGAUUAUAUGGAAGUAGUAGAUACUGAUAAGAAUGGUAGACUCUCCUUUGAAGAGUAUGAAAACUAUGUAAUCAGUUGCUUUGAAAAAGCUGGUUUAAAAUGUGAUGUAAAGGAUACUAUCUUUAAGUCAUCUAGAAGAUUUAAUCCUUAAGUUGAACUUAAAUUAGAUGUAGCAAGAAGACUCUUUGCUAAAUACGACACAGACAAAAGUGGAGAGCUUGAAGAGAAUGAAGUCUAUGGUAUAAUCAGUGACACCUAUAGAAAUAUAGGAAUUACUGAUUUUAGACCUACUGUUGAUGAUGUAAGAAUGUGGAUAUAAAUGGCAGACACAGAUAACAAUGGUUCUGUUUCGAUUUUCGAAUAUGAGAACCUAAUUCUUUCAAGUCUUGAAAAAGCCGGUAUUGAAAUCAAGCGUUUCACAAAAAUAUCAGAAGAUAAUAAAAAUUGA